AUGGCUGCAGUUGUCAGUAUCAAUGAUACUUCUCGUUUACCAGAAAAUGUUCUGGAAUUAGAAGGAGAGGAUUUCUAUCGAUUUACAAAAAGUAUAAGUGGUGCUUUAUUAACUGAAGUACUUAAAGUACAGAAUAUUGAUUCAGUUUUUAUAUUUUUACAAACAAAAGAUAUUUUUGAAAUAUUCAAAUAUAAUUCUAUAACAUUACGUGAUUUGAAAUCGAAAAUAGGUUUCGAUGUAGAAGAUGGUGAAUUUCAAGUUAAACAUGGUUUAAAAUUGCAAUACGAAUAUUUAUCAAAGCUAUUGAAAUUAAAAUCAGAUCAAAAAUAUAUAACAUCAUCGCCUCUUACAUAUGAAAAGAUCGACAUAUUACUUCAAAGAUAUCCAUUUCUGCUUUCACUUCUUAAUUUUCAUGAGAAUGAAAAUAUAAUAAAUGAUCAACAUGAAUUUUUAACAUUAUUCGUAAAUACUAUAACUAAAAACUUAUCUUCAGCUAAUGCAAGUCGUUAUAGAUAUGAUAAUAAAAUAAAAAGUUUUGCUGUUUGUUUGUACAUACUUGGAGGAAAAACGACGUAUGAAUAUGUUAGGUUAAAUCUGCCGGGAGCAUUGCCAAAUCUUACAACAAUCAAUAGUUUAAUUCAAAAUAAUGAUGAUAAUUUAACAGAGGGUGAAUUUCGGUUUAAUAAAAUGGCAAAGUAUUUAAAUAGUUUCGGUGUUCGACAUGCAUAUUGUGCCGAAGAUUGCACAGGUGUGGUCCGACGUAUUAAAUACGACACACAUACAAAUAGUUUUAUAGGUUUUUCAACUCCUCUAUAUGGUGGUAUACCAUCACCAAGUCAUUUCAAAACAGAUUCAAUAACUGAAUUAAAGUUGUGGAUGGAUCAAACUGAAAAGGCUCCAUUAUUAAAUAUUCAUUGUGUUCAACCUAUUCCACCACCAAAUCAAACAAUAGCACCACCAAGUUUUGUUCUUGCUGGCUACGGCGUUAGUAGUAAAUAUACAUCAUUAGAUAUUCUUAGGCGAUGGCUAUUUAUUCACAAGAAUUCUAUUGAAAAAAAUGUGCGAAUCCUUGGAUUCUCAACUGACGCCGAUAAUAAAUAUUUCCGGGCGAUGCGCCUGAUGGCUGGUUUUUAUGCAAGUUUAUCGAAUUUUGAUAUACAUGUUGAUUCUUGUAUGUUUUCAAUUCAAACUGGUAGUUGGUCUUGGUUUUUUUUACGACGUGAUCAACUUUUUGUAUUUAUGCAAGACGCAACUCACUUGGUAACUAAACUAAGAAACAGGUUGCUGUCUGCAACAGCAGCCUUAAAAGUUGGUAAUAAAUAUAUAACAAUGAACCACUUACAAGAAUUACUUGAUAAUGUAGAAUUGACUCGACUAGAUCAUGGAUUGACACAAAGUGAUCUAAAACCAACUGAUCGACAAAAUUUUCGUUCAUGCUUGAGAAUUACGUCUUGUGAUGUUCUAAAUUUAAUAGCUCGUGACGAUAAUUCUAAUGGAACUUACAUGUAUUUAAAAUUGAUAAAAUUUAUUAUAUCUUCGUAUAUAGAACCAACAACUUCAAUUGAAGAACGUUUGAAAGGUGCUUGGACUGCUGUUUUUCUUCUACGGUUGUGGUGGGUUUGGUUAUUGCUUGUACGUUUGUCAUCUUUACCAUCAUUUAGUACUAAAUCUAAAAAGCAUAAUCGUGAACAACAUUUUGUUACUCGCACCGCAUUUUUUUCUACAGAACUAAAUGCUCAUUAUUUGACCUAUUUGAUUCUUCUCGUACAACAAAAACAACUUCCUGCAGAUGUAUUAAAUAUUCAUCUUUUUUCAUCACAAACAUGCGAGUCUACUUUUCGUAAUACACGUUCACUUACUGGAGUUUUCUCUACAGUUAUAAAUUAUACUGUAGAAGAGUUUUUACGACGUUCAAGAAAGCUUUCAAUUUUAAAUGGGUUUAAAUCUCAAGAGAAAUCAACAUCAUUACUAAAAUUUCCCGUUCAUCAUAAACACAUUUCACUUAAUACAACAAGAAAUAAUCAAAAUUUGAUUGAUAUUAGCACGUUGAAUGUGGAAAACGUGGUCAUGCAAGCUUACCAAUCAGCUGUUAGCAUUAUAGAAAAUCUUAAUAUUUCGUCUUUAUUGAAGAAGCACAAACUGUUUGAUAUGAAUGCGUUGAGUGAAUAUUUGCACAAUCAUCUAAGAUCAAAAUCAAAAUUACAUGAUAACUUACCACUUUUUGAGAAUGCCACUGAUGAUUCAGAUUCAGAAUUUGAUCUCGAUAGUGAUGAUGAUGAUGAUGAUGAUAACAAUUCAGUACACAGCAAAUCAAGUGGUAGCGAAGGAGAAGAUGAUGAUGAUGAUGAUAGUAUGGACAACGAACAAUUAAAAACAUUUAAAACAAGUUUUGGUGGAUUAAAUAUCAAAGACAGUGUAUCAGUUGAACAAGAGAAAUCAUAUUUCAAGAUUAAAAUCAAUGAUACGAAUAAGUUUUUACACAAGUCCACGGCUUGUUAUCUAUUUACAAAAGAUAAUAAUAGGUUAUCUGCUGAUAGAUUGUCACGAGUUAUUCAAACAUCAAAAAAAUAA